AUGUCAUCGGGAUUGACGCGACGCCGUGGUGCGGGCGGCGCAGGUCCCUCAGCUGAGGGAGACGCCAGCAACGGUUCUGGCCCCAGAACGAGCACCCCCAACACCAGGGACAGCGGCCCCGAGACGAGCUACGAGAACACCGAGAAUGGCCACAAGAUCGCGUUCGACCCUCGAGACAUUAGCGAGAGCGCUGAGCGAAGCAAGCAGCCCAAGCUCACCCUUAUGGAGGAGGUUCUGCUGCUUGGUCUCAAGGAUAAGCAGGGCUACCUCUCUUUCUGGAACGACAACAUUUCCUACGCCCUCCGAGGAUGCAUCGUCAUCGAGCUCGCCUUCCGUGGUCGCAUCGCAAUGGAGAAGGAUGCUUCCAGGCGACGAUUCCCUCUCGCAGACCGCAAUAUCGAAGUCAUAGAUGAUACCCUCACCGGCGAGGUCCUCCUCGACGAAGCCCUCAAGAUGAUGAAGCAGAGCGAAAAGAUGAGCGUCGCAACCUGGAUUGACCUGAUGAGCGGCGAGACAUGGAACCUGAUGAAGAUCGGAUACCAGCUCAAGCAGGUCCGAGAGCGCCUUGCCAAGGGCCUCGUCGACAAGGGAAUCCUUCGCACCGAGAAGCGCAACUUCCUGCUCUUUGACAUGGCCACCCACCCCGUCGCUGAUGGUGGCGCCAAGGAAGAGAUCCGUCGCCGCGUCCGCAACAUCCUCACCCAACGAACCGUCGUCCUCAACGGUAGCCAGUUCCUCCCCGAGUCGCUCGAGUUCCGUUACACACGCAGCAUCGCCAUGGUUUGCGCCGCCUACGCCGCUAACGUCCUCGAGAACGCCUUGUCAACCCUUGGCCACGAGGCCCGCGAGAGGGCCUUUGCGCAGACAGAUGAUCUGCUCGCUGACUACAGCCAGUGGCCGUUUGGCAAGAAGGCUGUGCAGAAUGGCAUUGGAGCCAACCUGCCCCAGGCGAUUGCAGAUGAGGUCAACAGCGGCAAGGACAAGGAGCUUCAACUCGAGGUUGUUGCGGCCUGUUUGAGCGUCUUCACCCGACUCGAUUCCCUCCUAUAG